AUGUCACUCAUUCCUCCAACCUUCGUAGCACCUUCCGGCACUUCGCGACACCGGUCCUUCCAUGGGGGUAUGGCGGGUAUGGCGGCAUGGCUGGACCGGCGCCGUCACAAAUUCGACUCCUCUACCGCCGCCGGGACUUCUAAAUCCGCUAGAGAAUCCUCUACCACCACCGGGACCUCCAAGUCCGCCAAGGAAUCCUCCUCUUCCAAAACCGCCGCCUUUACCCGGGAAACCUGUACUCAAUCCUCUAGGGCUACUAUCGCUAAAACUGCCGCCUACACCCGGGAAACCUAUACCCAAUCCUCUAAAGCCGCUAUCGCUAAGACUGCCGCCUAUACUACCGGAGCCGAAGCCAAUCCCCUUACCUAA